UCCUUCCUCCACCUGAGGCCGCCACGGCGCUGCAACUUUUACGCACCUUUUACGCGCGGGUCACGUGGCUUCACCGCGCUCGGUGGGCGUGUCCGUCGCGCCGAAGGGGUUAAUUGAGGUCACCCAGUAUGGCGGCAAAAGGAAAGUUGAGUCCAUGGUGGUCGGCGAGCCGGCGAGCCUGCAGUGAGUCGCGCCCGCGGCCGCACCGACGAUGGUCGCAGUUUGUCGCCUCUUUGGUGGAGCUCAUUAGCGCCCGGAGCUUCUCGUGCCCAACAUGCGCGGCCAGCGCCGCUUCCCGCGCGUCCUGCUUUUGUCCUUAGCUCUGGCCCUCCUCACACUCCCGCCGUCUAGGGUUGCGGCCGGCUCCAAAAUGUCUCCCGGUCGCGGCGGCCGCCGCCGGGACGCCGAGGCUCGAGGCGCUCACCACCGGCCGCUGACCGACGAACAGAAGGCCGACCAGAACCUGCAGUUUAUGUUGAGUUUGUACCGCAGCGCGGCGGGACCGGGCGGUAGACCCAAACAACCCCGGAAGUUCGGCUCUAACACGGUGCGCCUGCUCAGACCUUCCGCGUCGUCGGUGCACUACCUGCCGGCGUCCAGAGGUGAGGAACACAACCACCAUUACACCUUCAGCGUCCAGUACCACGUGGACGUACUUCCUUCGGAGCAGCUGAUCCGAGCAUCCUUUGUGCACCUUCGAUCUUCGUCUUCCGCCGCCCUCCCGUCGCCCCGCUGCCACGCCCGGGUCACGUGGCCGGGCGAGGAGAGCCUGCUCACCACCAUGGAGCCCCACCAGCGCUGGACGGAGGCGGACGUUGGUGCUCGCGCGCUCCGGGUCGAGGAGGAGGGGGGACGCUUGACACUCACCGCCCAGUAUUGGUGCACGGAGCAGGAGCGUGCCGAAGAGGGCGGAGACCUGCCUCGCCGGUGGCGAGGGGAACCCCAUCUGGAAGCUCCUUCGCUUCUUUUGUACCUGGAAGAGGAGCGGGACGGUCAGGACUGGAUGAUGGGGCACCUGCCGACAGGCAACGGGGAAGAUCUCAUGAGGAGGUUGAGCCGCUGGCACCCCUUCCUCCGUCGCCGCCGCAGCUCGGCGAGCUCACCGCCGGAUCCUUCGGCCACUCCCGCCCCCGCCUCAGUCCUCGCCAACAUUCCUGCCGCGGCAAAAACCAAAACGGCGACGCCCAAGAACCGCUGCAAGCUGCACUCUUUCCGCCUGUCCUUUGAUGAGCUGGACUGGCGUCACUACAUUGCGCCGCCCGUCUACAACCCGCGCUUCUGCCAGGGCGACUGCCCGCGUGUGCUGACCUAUGGCUACCACUCGCCCAAUCACGCCAUCAUCCAGACCAUCAUCAAUGAGCUGGGGGUGGGCGACGUCCCGCCCCCCUCCUGCGUACCCUACAAGUACAUGCCGAUGAGCGUGCUGGAGGUACACAAGAAGAAGGUGGAGUACAAGGAACUGGAGGACAUGGUGGCCGAGUCGUGCACAUGCCGCUAAAGGGCAGCUGCUGAGCACCUUCCGCGAAAACGCGCUCCGGCCGGGGCGCUGUUUGGACUCUGCGCUAAUGCCGAGAUGAGAACAUUCACGAGUCGCCCGUCCGUCACUUUGUGUUAAGCACUAAAAAUAAAUAUGACUAACUUGCCCCAAAGCAUUGACAACUCCAACAUUGAAAGCAUGUUAUCUUGUCUGCCGUGUCAAUCCAAAUGCCCGAACGCUGUUUUUUUUUUCUUCUUUUUGUCCUUUGGCUUAUUUAUUCAACACGCUUCUCGAUGAUGAUGCUGACCUAGACGAUUUUAACAUGUCUGAUGUGAAGCUCAAAUAAUCAAUUUUGUACCUAUUUAUAACAGGAGGGGGUCCCAGAGAACUGCACAAAGAAAGAAAAUGUUCACCAAUGCACUUUUUUUUUUAAUUCCAAGUAAAAAUGAAUAAUUGAAUAAACUGCAAGUUUUCUAAAGCGUAA